CACAGUUUACUCAACACACCACACACACUCGCACACACACGCGCGCACACACACGCGCACACUGGCCCCCUCGCGCACACGCACGGAGGGCGCGAGCGAGCAGACGCGCACACCCGGCGAGCCAAGUUCCGCAGCCUGGCAUGGCUUCUGGGGACCUUUACGAGGUUGAAAGGAUUGUAGACAAGAGGAAGAACAAGAAAGGAAAGUGGGAGUAUCUGAUCCGAUGGAAAGGCUACGGGAGCACAGAGGACACGUGGGAGCCGGAGCACCACCUGUUACACUGUGAGGAGUUCAUCGACGAGUUCAAUGGGCUGCACGUGUCCAAGGACAAGAGGGUCAAGUCCGGGAAGCCAGCCAGUGCUUCCAAGCUCCUGCGCGACAGCCGAGGCCCUCCAGUGGAGAAACUCGCGCACAGGCCUUCAGAAUCUGGCAAGAGCAAAGGGACUUCCAACAAACGGAAGCGGAUCACCCCCUCCCUGUCCAGGCCCAAGAAGGGGUACUCAGCCAAGCCCCCUGCUGGAGGUGACCGGGCCACCAAGACAGUGUCUUACAGGACUACCCCCAGUGGCUUACAAAUAAUGCCUCUGAAGAAGGCCCAGAAUGGGCUGGAAAAUGGGGAUGCUGGUUCCGAGAAAGAUGAGCGGCAUUUUGGAAACGGGUCCCCUCAGCCGGGGAUGGAUUUGAACGACUGCGUUGGGGAGCAAGACCUAGGCGAGUGCGAUGUUAAGCAUGCAGCCCUGGCGGAGAAUGGGCUUGGCUCCACUCUGACCAACGGGGGAUUAAACCUGCACAGCCCUGUGAAGAGGAAGCUGGAGGCCGACAAGGACUAUGUCUUUGACAAGAGGCUCAGGUACAGCGUCCGCCAGAAUGAGAGCAACUGUCGGUUUCGGGACAUUGUCGUGCGGAAGGAAGAGGGGUUCACACAUAUCCUGCUCUCCAGUCAGACCUCGGAUAACAACGCGCUGACCCCUGAGAUCAUGAAGGAGGUCCGGCGAGCGCUCUGCAAUGCAGCCACAGAUGACAGCAAGCUGCUGCUCCUCAGUGCAGUGGGCAGCGUGUUCUGCAGUGGCCUGGAUUACUCCUACCUAAUUGGCCGCCUGUCCAGCGACCGGCGAAAGGAGAGCACCCGGAUUGCUGAAGCUAUCAGGGACUUUGUGAAGGCCUUUAUCCAGUUUAAGAAGCCCAUUGUGGUGGCCAUCAAUGGGCCCGCCCUAGGCCUGGGCGCCUCCAUCCUACCCCUCUGCGACAUCGUGUGGGCCAGUGAGAAGGCCUGGUUUCAGACCCCCUAUGCCACCAUCCGCCUCACUCCCGCCGGCUGCUCCUCAUACACCUUCCCCCAGAUUCUGGGUGUCGCGCUGGCCAAUGAGAUGCUCUUCUGCGGGCGGAAGCUCACAGCACAGGAGGCGUGCAGCCGAGGUCUCGUGUCCCAGGUCUUUUGGCCAACCACAUUCAGCCAGGAGGUCAUGCUGCGUGUCAAGGAGAUGGCGUCGUGCAGUGCCGUGGUGUUAGAGGAGUCGAAAUGCCUGGUGCGGAGCUUCCUGAAGUCGGUGCUGGAAGAUGUGAAUGAGAAAGAAUGCCUGAUGCUGAAGCAGCUCUGGAGCUCCUCCAAAGGCCUGGACUCCCUGUUCAGCUACCUGCAGGACAAAAUUUAUGAAGUCUGAGGGCCUCGGCCCACUUGCCGCAGCGCUCAAGGGCAUCUGACUCCAGCUCUGCCCCGUGUUUCAGAAAUCGGAGCAGAGUGUGCCCGGCCGAGGAGUUUGUCAAGGCGUCUCUUAAAACCUAGGGUUGUGUCCAUUUCCUCGUGUCCUUUGCUUGUUCCUCAUUGGUUUGGUUUUGUCUCACAGAUGGGAAACGCAGCAUACUUGGCCUCCCCUGUGCCCCCACCCCCACUGGCUCCAGAGCUACCGAGGGCUAUGUCUUCCCAGGCCUCUGCCAGGGAUCGCUGUCCUGUCCCCACUUGCUGAAAUGCACCAUCCUGGUCCCGGGCGGGGACAAGCUGUGCCUCGCCCUCCUGACUCAGGCUGUGUCUACACAGUGCCUCUGAUUCGGAGACUUGGCUCUCUCUGGUUACAUGCAGAUCUGGUGACGGGGACAAUGCAUUUUAGGGAAUUUCCAGACCAAUGAACAAAAUGAUCAUGCAGAGCAACCCCAGUCUCCUCUCUGAUGCAGACCUGUGUGACUCUUAGGGCUUGGUCUCAAAACCUAAUUGAGUGAUUUACAAACCCAGAUAUUGUACAUUUAGGAAUGUUUUGUUAAAUAUAUAUUUUUAAAACAAUGUAAGUGGAAAUUCUGAUAAUUUAUGUGUACUAUAUGUAAAGCUAGUUUUGCAAAAAACAUGAACUACUAGGAAAAUGUUUUUUCUUUAAUCAGACUUAUUUAAUUUAUUUAUUUUUGUUUAUAUAUUACGAUAUCUGUCACUGACACAGAUAUUAUUUUCAUACUGCCCCGGACCAAAUCCCAAACCAGGUUCCUGCCGUUUGGUGCAUUCUAGCAAUGAACCAGGUAGAACUAAGAUGCAGAGAGACGGAAAUGGAAAUACUAGUGCGAAUAAAAGGAAAGCCUCUGUACCAGGUCCUCUGCAUGGAAAACAGUUGUCAGCUGGAACAACAUUUGUUCUUUAGGCUUGUGCUUAAGGGAAAUCUUGGGAGAGUUUUCUCUUCACUCUGCUGCCUUUCAGGAGACAAAGUGACCUCCAGGCUGAGCGGUGCUGGGACAAACCCAGGCCCUCACUGUGUGGUGUUGUGGGAGGUGAGGGAUAGUUCCUGCCCCGACUGACUACCUGGGCCCUAGGGUGUGACAUUGUUCUUUGGGGCAAAUGCUGACCUUGGUUUCAGAGUCCCUCUCGUCCCUGUGCACUGAGGUCUGGAGAAGGCUGCCCUGAGCUGUCAGUAGGUCUGAAUUCUUCUCGCAUCCACAAGCCCAGGUGAUGCAUUCUCCUGGAAGCUACACAUAAGGGAGCAAUAAUGGGGGUUCAUAGCUCCUGCUUUAGGGCUGCUGGGCUACCUGGGGACCCCAGGGCUGAAUGGAUAACAUCAGGCCAAAGUCUUUGCAUCACGGAGGGGUUGAGAUUGGUUUUCCUUGGUGAGGAGAAAAAGGAGAGGUUAGGGCAGAGAAAUGACAGGAGCAUGCUCUGGGUUGUGGUCACUUCCCAGAAAAGUUAGGUUCUCACGUGCAUUCGCAGAGGUCCCUCAUCUAUAUCCCUGCGUUGCCAUCUGCCUCCCUCGACCCUCCCUUGGACAGAGUUAAGUGGAGCCGUUAAGAGUUGGCCACAGCUGGAGAGGUGAGGAAGGCUAAGAAGGGGAAGUCAUUGCCACAGCUGCCUCCCUCCCCUGGUCCGUUUUCCUCCCCUAAAAGCUCAUGUAUCCUCUGGGAGAGACAGCUGGAGAAGCUUUAGGGCCUGAGCUUUGAGCAGGUUGUGUGCCUCCUUAGAACUGCAUGUCCUUUGCACAGUGGAGCUGAAGUUUCUCUUAACUUUUGAUCCCAGGACAACCUAGUUCCCUCUCAGGAAAGCCUUGUUUUUGAGUUUCCCCAUAACUUUGCAAGGGUCAGGGAGAAGAGGAAACCCCUUGCCUUCUUCCUUCUCCUUCAGCUGUGCUGUUUGGCCAUGGGGAGCCAGCAGGGGAUGGCACGUGUCUUGCACACACCCAGAGCAAGACAGAAUGGAUGUCCUGUGAACCCUUCCCUCAUCCGUGCAGGGUCCUGUGGAGCCUGCAGGUCUACGACAUCAACAUUUCUGCAGGGGAACACCCAAAGCCUGUGGUCACACCCCUGGGGUUUUGUCUGUUCCUUUGAGAAAGCAUCCCAGAGCCCCUGGAUAAACUUCCUACUUGUACGUUGUGGCAGAUAAUCUCUUCACCAUUGCUAAUUCUGCCACAGAAAAGCCCCUUGUUUGUCUUCUGUGUAAGGCAUAGAAGUUGUAGGAAGUGGGGUCAGGUUUUAUCUUGUUGGAGAUGGAAGUGAUGCUUCAGAAUCCCUUGCUCCGUGUCUGUCUCUGUUCCCUGCUAAAGGAAACUCAAAGGUUCUAUUUAGCUUUAGGAAUAACAUCAGAUCCUGUCUUGGAACCAACUCUGCAUGACGGCGGGAACGUGAAACCCUGCCUGAGGUGCGGCGCUUGCAGAUAAUUUGCAGGUCCUGGGUAUGACAGGAGGUGGCUUACAGGACACCUUUGUUUGUUUGUUUCUGUGUUGUAUUGUCAGCAUACAGUCACCCCAAGAAGGAUGUUCCACAAAUUGCUCAAAAGUUGGCGAAAUGUGUUUGCUGCAAACAGGGUAGACCAAACUACUGCCUUCUUUGCUUUCUGGAUGGUUGUUUUGAUAAUGUGUAGGUGAAAUCCAGGUAACUUAUCCCAAACCCACUUGGGGUAGAACAUGGUGGUGGCAGGGUUUAUCCUGACAGCUUUCUCCAGACAGGACUCAGGCUUCCUUCUUUAUCUCGUAGUUCAAUGCCCUCCUGUUCCCCAUAGGGUGCCCUUUCCCCUCCUCUUGCUCUGCUUUGCCCCCAACCCACCCUUGUCUGUCACAUGCCAGAGCUGGGGAAAGCCCGUGGGGGGAUGUUGCUGGUCUUGCCAACCCCAUACCAGAAUGACUUUUGGGGUUGAAAGAACAGCUGUGUGUCUUCUUUCGUCAAGGAAACUUGUGGCCAGUCUACUCUGUGUCUACUCGUGAGCUAUGCGUGAAAGUCUCUUUCCUCUCUGCUCCAGCCCCUGGCAUCUUGUUCCUGCAACCACUCCAGGAUGGUUUGCAGAGCAUCACUACAGUGGCCAGACCCCCCUCAACAUUUGGAAGCCACAGACUAAUGCCAAGGUACUCACACAUCCCUUUUGGCUUUGGAAUAAUGUUUGUGGGUAAAAACUAUCAAAUAUUAUCCUCUAAGAAUGAAAUUGGGGAACUGUGAGAAGAUUGUAGAGAAUUGAUUUGAAAUACUAUUCUUGUUUGGUAUGGCGGAAACUAGGAGAUGUUCUCUCUGAAGCAUGAAAAUAGGUUUUUCCCACAUGAAGUUGAGGGUGAGGAUGGAAAAAUAACCAUCACAAUAGACUUUGAUCAAUGCAGCUGUAUCUUUGAAUAUCCACGUUUAAAAACAGCCUUGACUGAAGACUGAAUUGCAUUUCCCAUUAUUAACUGUUGGUUUAAAAAAAUUUGCAAACUUUUUUUUUUUUAAUUUGAAAUUUAGUCACAUUCAUGAAAUUUUCCAAUCUAGUUUCUGUAGAAAUUUUUGUAACAAAGAGAGACAAAUAGAACCAUCUUCGAAUCUUCCUAAGUGAACAUUUAAAAUGCAGAAUUGCUUCUCUUACUGUGUUUCUGUGUUUCUAUUCAGAUACUUAGAUCUGUUGUAUAUAUUAGUUUAGACACACUCACUAAUAUACACAGUAUUUAAGACUCUAAAUGAGAUUUCUUAAGUAUUUUAUUUUCUUCUCUGUAAAUGGUUUUGUAUAAUCUUUAAAAAUCUACACUUUGCCUUUGUAGAUAUUUAAGGGAAACCAUUUGGGGGUUGUCUUGCAUGUAUAUUUUUGUUGUAGAUAAGUGUUGCUUAGUUAUUUCUGCAAAUUUUGGUUGAAAUGCUUACAGACUUUAAUACAGUAUAUAUUUUCAGAAUAUAAACUUUUAUAUUUCUGUGAUAAGUUAGGAUAUGCGUUCUAGGCAAUCUUUUCCAUCAAUAUCACUUGUUCUUUCAGAAAAUAGCAUACUGGUUUGGUGCCAAUGUUGUCCCUCACCCCCCUCCCCAUUCGAAUCUAAUGCUCUUACAUUGUGAAAGAGCAGGUUAAUUUAUUUUUUUCUCAAAGUAAUUGAGUUCGAAGUAUAAUUUGAAAAUGUAUUGAAUCUGUGAAUAAGCCUUACCAUUAGGAUCAGUAAAUUUCCCAGGCUUCACAACUACAUAUGUAGUUAAGACCUCCUAUACAUUCUCACUGUGUGGCAGUUGAUGGAUUUUGUGAGCAGAGCCUUAAGCUUGUUGCAUAAUACAAACAAACAAACAAACAAACAAAAAAAUAAGGGUAAUACGGGUUGUUUCUUCCAAACAACGGGAGCCACGUUGAUAGGCUAAAUGUAACCACCAGUCACGGCGAGUCGGAAGGGUUUGGUUGCGCCGAUGGCAGCAAGGGCCAGACGGGCACCUUGGUGGCUGGCCUUGGCCAUAUGCGUGGGCCAAGGACAGGUUUGCCUAGCCACGUGUGGCUUAGUUUAGGUAUGGUCACGGGGAAGGAUGCUGGUUCAUCUUUUGUUCUGAACACAUGCUCUGAUCUUGGCAGUGACCUUCUUGGGUUCCUGGUGGGUGAUCUGGAACAGUCUGGCUGAGGUCAGCAGUCCUUAAGAGACGUUAACAAAGUUUACACAUGAGUCUUACUGUACAGACAAUCUGGAGGCGAUUUUGGUGGCGGCAUCAGCAUUCCCCUGUGUCCGGAGUGUCUGAUCCAUGAACCUUGGGUGUGAUGCCCUGCUCAGUGUGAGCUUAGCAAGCGGGGCACCUGAGACUCAGAACGGACACAUCAGCUUGUGGACAGAUGUCCACCAUAUUUGCUGAAGCAAAUCAACUAGAAUUUGGAGCUACAUAUUUUUUCCCAGUUAUGAUUCCUUUCAAACUUGGCAUGCUUCCAUAGUUAUGAACUGACUCUCCUUCCCAAGGUUUAAAAGAUGACCUUGAGAACAGGGCUAUAGGAUGGCUAAGAUCAAAUAUGUUGCCUGGCUCAUCUCUAGCAAGAGGUGUUCAUACAGUCAGCGUUCCUACGAUUAGCCUGGAGAUAUGCCUCAAAUUUGUUUACAGACAAUAUAAGUCUGGGUUCAGCUUCAGCUCUGGCAUCCCUGUGGGUUGACCAGACCCUGCCUGGUUGGCUGGUCAUGAAGGUAGACCUCACAAAGAGGACUCCAGGAUGUUCAGAGUAUGUAAAGUUUUCCAUUUAGUGUUUGAUUUGUCCCUGUGCCAUCUGUCUCAGCUUGAAGUCAUUCACCGGCGUCCAUGUUGAUAGGAUUGUGAAAUAUAUUGCCUUUCAUAAAACCAAGGACCAAAGAAUUCCAUUUUCAACAAAGCACGAGUUUCAUAGGUGGUGGCACAUCUGGAGAUGGGCGUGUAAGCAUGCUCUCUGGCACGGAGAAGCUGCUGGAUUCCACAGCCUCCCCUCCCCCGCCCCCACCCUCCCGGCUGGCCAUACAGAUAGAUUUGUUGUCUCCUUGACAAGGCUCCGAAAGAUGAGUUUCUCUGACUGAAACUUGCUUUCUCAGGUGAGGUGGGUGUUUCUGCUGUGUAGUCUCAGCCUGUAUCCAUAUCAUAAAAUGUGGAGAUCUGGCAUUCUUCCAGGUUUUCUGAGCAGUGUAGAUGGCUCCAUCUGAAGAGAAACCCUCAGUGCAAGUUCUUCAGAUGUAUCUACACUGGGCAGCAAGAUCCUGCAGUUGCCCUAUUUCCACGUGCUUUGUGUUCUACAUCGAUCCAUCCAGUCACUGUUUGGCAUGAGAAGAAUUUCCUUUCCAUUCCCACACCAGGUGAUGCUCCAUUCUCAUUCAUGAUGACACGUUCAUCCAUGGACUGGUUGCAAAGUCACUGAUGCUGAACAAGUGGUAUUCUACUGGUAAGGCUUAUCACCAAACUUCUGAUAAUGAAGCAGGCUACCAAAAACGUACCCAGCCCACCUAGGAGUGUUGGGAUUUGACCAUGGACGUAGCGCACACACCAAAAUCCAAGGAGACCUUUGCAAAUUAGGCUACUUGUUUUAUUUUGCCAGGUUAUCAUGGGAGAGUCUUUAACUAGUUCUGAGUCUUUGUAAGUAUGAGUACUCCAUAGAAUUAUAAAGCAGGUACAGCUGACCCUUUCUCACCACGCUGUAAAUAUUUGUGAGACUGGGUGCAGUACUGAGGGAUAUAAUCUUCUGACUUAUCAAAUGCUGACUGUCUAGAGCAAAUCGUACACUCUCUUUGUGAAUGGUCCUGUAACGUGUGUGAACACAUUUCUGGGUGCCUUAGAAGUUGUAUUUUUCAUGUGUGCUAAUAUGCAGUAUUUAUACAUUGUGAGAGGCUGCUUUGAAUAAAAAGGUUGAAACUU